AUGGAAAAAAAAAAGAAGAGAAGAGAAAGAACGGAAAGGGAAAAGAAACGGAAAGAGAAAAAGAACGACUUAGAAAGAACAAAACACUCGAAAAAUGUCUGUCUCUAUGUCUGUCUCUCUCUCUAUCACACGCACAAACACACUAUCUAUCUAUCUAUCUAUCUAUCUAUCUAUCUAUCUAUCUAUCUAUCUAUCUAUCUAUCUAUCUCAUUUUCUUUUGGACUCUCUCUUUUUCUUUCUCUCUCUCCCUCUUUUUCUCAUUUCCUAUCUCAACCUUUCCUCCUCCAUCACUCUAUAUCUCACUCUUUUCUCUCUCGUUGCUUCUCCUUUCCGCAAAUAAUCUAUCUAUCUAUCUAUCUAUCUAUCUAUCUAUCUAUCUAUCUAUCCAUCCAUCCAUCCAUCUAUCCCAUCCCCCAUCCUCACCAGUCUCUAUCUCCCUCUCUCUCAUCACACACAAACACACACCAUCCAUCCAUCCAUCCAUCCAUCCAUCCAUCCAUCCAUCCAUCCAUCCAGCCAUCCCCCACCAUCUCCCCAUCUCUCUCCAUCACACACACAACACACACCAUCCAUCCAUCCAUCCAUCCAUCUAUCUAUCUAUCUAUCUAUCUAUCUCUCACCAGUCUCUCUAUCUCUCUCUCUAUCACACACACAAAUACACACUAUCUAUCUAUCUAUCUAUCUAUCUAUCUAUCUAUCUAUCUAUCUAUCUAUCUAUAUCACACACACAAAUACACUAUCUAUCUAUCUAUCUAUCUAUCUAUCUAUCUAUCUAUCUAUCUAUCUCAUCCUUGCCCGUCUAUGUUCCUUUCUCUUCACAUGCCUUUCAUCCUUUAUCACUCUCGUUUCUAUUCUCUCAGUCUGUAUGCCUAUCUAUCUAUCUAUCUAUCUAUCUAUCUAUCUAUCUAUCUCAUUUUGUUCAUAUCUAUCUAUCUAUCUAUCUAUCUAUCUAUCUCAGUCUGUUCAUAUAUAUGUAUGUAUCUAUCUAAAUAUGUUUAUCUAUCUAUCUAUCUAUCUAUCUAUCUAUCUCAUUUGUUCAUAUCUAUCUAUCUCAGUCUGUUCAUAUGUAUGUAUGUGUCUAUCUUUUGUAAUAUGCCUAUCUAUCUAUCUAUCUAUCUAUCUAUCUAUCUAUCUAUCUAUCUAAAUAUGCUCAUCUAUCUAUCUAUCUAUCUAUCUAUCUCAUUUUGUUCAUAUCUAUCUAUCUAUCUAUCUAUCUAUCUAUCUAUCUAUCUAUCUCAGUCUGUUCAUAUGUAUGUAUCUAUCUUUUGCAAUAUGCCUAUCUAUCUAUCUAUCUAUCUAUCUAUCUAUCUAUCUAUCUAUCUCAAUGUGUUCAUUAUCUAUCUAAAUAUACUUAUCUAUCUAUCUAUCUAUCUAUCUAUCUAUCUAUCUAAAUAUGCUUAUCUAGCUAUCUAUCUAUCUCAUUUUGUUCUUAUCUAUCUAUCUCAGUCUGUUCAUAUGUAUGUAUGUAUGUAUGUAUUUAUAUAUCCCAAUAUGCUUAUCUAUCUAUCUAUCUAUCUAUCUAUCUAUCUAUCGUUAACUACAAACACAUGUAACUCUGUCUGGCACCGUCUUUUUCGAAGUGGCUAUGCCGUGAGUCAGUUCACUCACUUCUAA